GUCCUCCAAGGAACACCUUGAACAACACAUGACUUUGAGAGAGCUCGAUGGAUGCGAAGAGAAGCAAAGGUAACUUGACUAGUUAAGGUGACUUGUGUUGGUGCUUCUGCUUGCAUGAGAAACUUGGAAUCUUCAUAUCCAUAUGCCAUGGAUAUUUGCGUUGGUUGUGAUCUUGGGGUAACUAACUUCACCUUCCUUUCUUCCCUAGCUUGCUUGCUUCCAUCGUUGGAAGUCCCCAAACUGAAAACGCACACGCAUGCACCGUCCAAAUGAAACAAACCUCCAUGGACAACUAGAACAAAUAUUCCCCUCCAUGUUCUUGCCAUUGUCAAAGCUUAUAUACAUAUCCAAGUAGCUCUUGGAACAGGAGAAGGAGAAGCAACCUAUCAUCAUCAUCUUCAACCUUGCUUGCUUCCUUCUUUCCUUGAAAGAAAGAAAGAUAAAGAGAGCUCGGUCGUCAAGAAACCACCGAUCGAGCAAGCACGGACAGCAAGAAUCAAUGGCGACCAAGAGGAGGGAGAUGGUGUUCUUCGAUGUGGAUGCAGCGGCGUCCUCCCCGGACCGCAAAGAAUGGCACCUGCUCGAGUUCGGCGCCGUCCUCGUCUGCCCCCGGCGCCUCGUCGAGCUCUCCAGCUACUCCACCCUCAUCGGCCCGUCCCCGGGCCAAGACCUUGCCGACUCCACACGCUUCUCCGACGAGCUCCCGUCCUCUGCCUCCGUCGCACCGUCCUUCCCCGACAUCGCCGCCGACAUCUUCGCCCUCCUCGACGGCCGCGUCUGGGCGGGCUACGGCAUCCACCGCUUCCACAUCCGCGAGGCCUUCGCCGCCGCCGGCAUGGACGCGCCGGUGCCCGCGGGCGUGGUCGACUCCCUCGACGUGCUAGCGCAUCCAAGGUUCGGCCGGAGAGCAGGGGGCGUGCUGGAGAUGGCGACACUCGCAACGUACUUCGGGAUCGGCGUGCAGCCGGCGCACCGGUGCCUGGAUGGCGCCAGGAUGAGCCUCGAGGUGCUCAAGCGCUGCGCCGGGGCGCUGCUGCUCGAAUCCAGCCUCUCCGCCGAGCAGGCCAGCGCCGUCACCACCAAGCGCAAAACGACCGGCAAGAGCACGUCGGCGACCGCGACGCCCAAGUCUAACAGCAACACGUUGGAGAUGGCAUUUGCCCGUGCGGCGGCGACCAGGACGGCCCCUUCUUCUGCUGCAGCGGUACAGAAGACGAAGGUGGACGGGUCAUCGUCGUCGUGCAACAAGAGGGACAGCAUGGGGAAGGUGGUGGUGGAAAAGAAGGGCUCGGCGACCACGACGACAGCCACUGGCGGUCGGCGGGUGCGAGCACCGGCACCGCCGACGUUCAGCAUGGUCCUCAGGCCCUCCAGGGCCAUCGUCAGAUGAGACAAUCAUCCAGACCACGUUCUGAUUCGUUCCUUCAUUCAUUUGUAAACUGUACAUACAGAUACAGACCACAUUAUACAUUUGGUAGUUCUGUUCAUAGU